UGAACCCAGCUGUGUGUCUAUGAACAGUGAUUGGUCUAUGGAGCUUCCUAAUACCUUCAAAGAUGGACGCCACUCUGAUGAUCACAGAGUGGACCAGGAGAGCUCAGAGGUUCCCAGUGGUCAGUCUGCCCAGCAGCAUCAAACACACCUGGACUCCAUAUUUAUGCUGCUGGAGGAGAACAUCGUCACUUUUGUGAAGAACGAGCUGAAGAAGAUGCGGAAGGUUCUGAGUCCAGAUUACCCAGAAUGCUUAGAGAGUCAGAGUGAGGAUGAGGAAGUGUUGGACGGUGAGGAGAAAGAGCAGAGGAGGAGAAGCAGAGACGCAUUUCUGAAGAUCACAGUGCACUUCCUGAGGAGAAUGAAGCAGGAGGAGCUGGCUGAGCGUCUGCAGAGCAGAACUCCUGCUGGGAGGUGUCAACAUAAACUCAAGUCUAACCUGGAGAAGAAGUUCCAGUGUCUGUUUGAGGGGAUCGCUAAAGCAGGAAACCCAACCCUUCUGAAUCAGAUCUACACACCGCUCUACAUCACAGAGGGAGGGACUGCAGAGGUAAAUGAUGAACAUGAGGUCAGACAGAUUGAAACAGCAUCCAGGAAACCAGUCAGACCAGAAACAACAAUCAGACAAGAAGACAUCUUUAAUGCCUCACCUGGAAGAGAUGAACCAAUCAGAACAGUGAUGACAAAGGGAGUGGCUGGCAUUGGGAAAACAGUCUUAACACAGAAGUUCACUCUGGACUGGGCUGAAGACAAAGCCAACCAGGACAUACACUUCACAUUUCCAUUCACUUUCAGAGAGCUGAAUGUGCUGAAAGAGAAAAAGUACAGCUUGGUGGAACUUGUUCAUCACUUCUUUACUGAAACCAAAGAAGCAGGAAUCUGCAGGUUUGAAGAGUUCCAGGUUGUAUUCAUCUUUGACGGUCUGGAUGAGUGUCGGCUUCCUCUGGACUUCCACAACAAUAAGAACCUGACUGAUGUUACAGAGUCCACCUCAGUGGAUGUGCUGCUGACAAACCUCAUCAGGGGUAAACUGCUUCCCUCUGCUCGCCUCUGGAUAACCACACGACCUGCAGCAGCCAAUCAGAUCCCUCCUUGGUGUGUUGACAUGGUGACAGAGGUCAGAGGGUUCACUGACCCACAGAAGAAAGAGUACUUCGGGAAGAGAUUCAGAGAUGAGGAGCAGGCCAGCACCAUCAUCUCCCACAUCAAGACAUCACGAAGCCUCCACAUCAUGUGCCACAUCCCAGUCUUCUGCUGGAUCACUGCUACAGUUCUGGAGGAUGUGUUGAAAAGCAGAGAGGGAGGAGAGCUGCCCAAGACCCUGACUGAGAUGUACAUCCACUUCCUGGUGAUUCAGUCCAAACUGAAGAACAUCAAGUAUGAUGGAGGAGCUGAGACAGAUCCACACUGGAGUCCAGAGAGCAGGAAGAUGAUUGAGUCUCUGGGAAAACUGGCUUUUGAGCAGCUGCAGAAAGGCAACCUGAUCUUCUAUGAAUCAGACCUGACAGAGUGUGGCUUCGAUAUCAGAACAGCCUCAGUGUGCUCAGGAGUGUUCACACAGGUCUUUAAAGAGGAGAGAGGGCUGUACCAGGACAAGGUGUUCUGCUUCGUCCAUCUGAGUGUUCAGGAGUUUCUGGCUGCUCUUCAUGUCCAUCUGACAUUCAUCAAGUCUGGAGUCAAUCUGCUGGCACAACAACAAACAACAUCCCAGAAGUCUGAAACUAAACAAGAAUCUGCAGAGACACGUUUCUACCAGAGUGCUGUGGACGAGGCCUUAAAGAGUCCAAAUGGACACCUGGACUUGUUCCUCCGCUUCCUCCUGGGUCUUUCACUGCAGACCAAUCAGACUCUCCUACGAGGUCUGAUGACACAGACAGGAAGUAUCUCAAAGACCAGUCAGGAAACAGUUGAGUACAUCAAGAAGAAGCUCAGUGAGAAUGUGUCUGCAGAGAGAAGCAUCAAUCUGUUCCACUGUCUGAAUGAACUGAAUGAUCGUUCUCUAGUGGAGGAGAUCCAACAGUCCCUGAGAUCAGGAAGUCUCUCCACAGAUAAACUGUCUCCUGCUCAGUGGUCAGCUCUGGUCUUCAUCUUACUGUCAUCAGAAAAAGAUCUGGACGUGUUUGACCUGAAGAAAUACUCUGCUUCAGAGGAGGCUCUUCUGAGGCUGCUGCCAGUGGUCAAAACCUCCAAAACAGUUCUGCUGAGUGGCUGUAACCUCUCAGAGAGAAGCUGUGCAGCUCUGUCCUCAGUUCUCAGCUCCCAGUCCUCUAGUCUGAGAGAUCUGGACCUGAGUAACAACAACCUGCAGGAUUCAGGAGUGAAGCAGCUUUCUGCUGGACUGGAGAGUCCACACUGUGGACUGGAAACUUUCAGGUUGAAUGGCUGUAACCUCUCAGAGAGAAGCUGUGAAGCUCUGUCCUCAGUUCUCAGCUCCCAGUCCUCUAGUCUGAGAGAUCUGGACCUGAGUAACAACAACCUGCAGGAUUCAGGAGUGAAGCAGCUUUCUGCUGGACUGGAGAGUCCACACUGUGGACUGGAAACUCUCAGCCUGCAGCCUGCUGGAGUCCGAUGGUUGACACCAGGUCUGAGGAAGUAUGCCUGUGAACUGGAACUGGAUCCAAACACAAUGCACAGAAACAUCAAACUGUCUGAUAACAACAGGAAGGUGACACAUGUGAAGGAGGUUCAGUCAUAUCCUGAUCAUCCAGACAGAUUUGAUGUCUGGUCUCAGCUGCUGUGUAGAAAUGAUCUGACUGGUCGCUGUUACUGGGAGGUCGAGUGGAGAGGAAGAGUUGAUAUAUCAGUGAGUUACAGAAGAAUCAGCAGGAAAGGACGCAGUAAUGCCUGUGUGUUUGGAUAUAGAAAUCAGUCCUGGAGUCUGGAGUGCUCUGAUGGUCGUUACUCUGUCCGUCACAAUAAGAGAGAAACACGCAUCUCCUCCUCCUCCUCCUCCUCCUCCUCCUCCUCCUCCUCCUCCUCCUCCUCCUCCUCCUCCUCCUCCUCCUCCUCCUCCUCUGCCUCUAACAGAGUAGCAGUGUAUGUGGACUGUCCUGCUGGCACUCUGUCCUUCUACAGAGUCUCCUCUGACACACUGAUCCACCUCCACACCUUCAACACCACAUUCACUGGACCUCUGUGUGCUGGGUUUGGGUUCUGGUCUUUUUAUGGUUCCUCAGUGUCUCUGUGUGGUUUGUAGGAAGGAGAGUCUCCUCCUGUCAGAGAAACAUUCUCAUGUUAUUUAGUACCAACCUGAUCUCUCACUGGUUGUAAAUAGAGUUUGUAAAGCCAACAUGGUUUCCACAUGACUGACAGUUAGUUAGUCAGUCACAUAUAUCCACAUUUAAAAAGCUGUAAAACAGAAGCUGAUUUUCUCAGAGCAGAUAUCUCAGUCUGUUAGAGGACUGUUUGGAGGUUGGGAGGUCGUGGCUUUGAUCCUUAUGAGUCUCAGUCAAUGUUCAAGUCCAACACCCAAAGUGAAACUCAGAAGCUCUCAGAGAGAAAACCACCAGCGGCUCAAAGUUUACUGAAACGUCAAGUUGUGAGCGAGCUUUUUAAACAUGUUGGAAGAGUUUAGCCACUAACUAUAACACACAUAAUGACAGGAAGUAUCUGCUGGCCUAUAGAGGAACUUUGUUCUUUCUCCUCUUAUUUGCUUUUUUGUAUAUUUUUAUUAUUUUACUGUUUUUUUAUAUUUAGUUUUUAUGUAAAUCACAUUGAAUUGAUCCAGUGUAUGAAAUGCUAUAUAAAUAAAGCUG